AUGGUCACGGCCAACUCGCUGUCCGAAAAAUUGAUCCAGAGAGCAGCGAUUUUGCAGGACCUGCUUCGUGCCCACACACAGCAGGGGUCGCCGGUCAUGUCCAAAGCAGGCCUGAACCGACGUCGCAAAGGCGGUUCAAUGAUCUAUGUGGAACCAGGGAUCGAAGAGAAAGUGUCCAGGCCCAAUAAGGAUUUGAAACGUUUCCGGAUACAGACCAUGCAUGUUCUAGGAGAGCAGCUGCUCUAUGUGGGAGAGCGAGUCCGAGAGAUCCCAUCUACAGGAUGGACGUUCCGCUCCAAGAGUGAAGAGUCCACAGAAGUGGGGCGUGUCCAGGCCAUCCUGGAUCGCUCGCGGGUGGUGGUGACCUUUCCCUCCAAGGGGACACACAUCUACAGGUCUUGCGAUUUGGCCCUGGCCAAAGAUGAAAACGUGCAGAAAAUGAAGGCAGGUGAUGUCUUUGGCGAGAUCUCGUUGCUGUGCAACACCCGACAUCUGGGCACCUUUCGAGCCACGGACUCCGAUGUGAUCCUGUACGCCAUUAACCGCUCGGACUUCAAAGCGUGCUUUGCAAGGACAGUGGUGAAGGAACAGUUUGAGCGUUGGUGUACUCUGCUGGGGGAAGUUCGAGUGCUGUGUUCCCUGCUGGACUCUGAAAGGCAGGAGCUGGCGCGCAAUGCCACUGGGGAGAACUCCUUCCAGCCUGGGCAUGUUGUCCUCCAGGAAGGGCGCCAGCGUCGCACACCGCAGUGGUACAUCGUGAAGCGCGGAAGCGCGUUGGUCUCCAAAGGAGGGAAGCUCUUGGCCACCCUGCAUCGCGGGGAUUACUUUGGCGAACGCUCCGCGUGGCGUAAUGACAGUUGCAACCCCUCCACCGUGACUGCAGGCCCCGAUGGGUUGCUUUGCCUUUGCAUUGAUCUGGAGUUGUUGGCCUCCUUCGGUCUGGAAUCCCUUGCGGGCCUGGAACAAAUGGACCAGGAUGUGUGCUCCCUGAAGCCCAAAGGCUGGCAGGAGCGUUACGCGGUGGACGUCACACGCCUGCGCUGCGUCCGGGUCUUGGGCGAAGGAGCCUUCGGCAAGGUGUUUCUGCAAGAAGAUCCAGUGACACAGGAAAAGUAUGCCUUGAAGCAAAUUUCCAAACGAGGCAUCCGCUCAACCGGCGUGGAGAUUCAGAUUCGACGAAAUGAACGAAAUCUGCAUGCCAUGGUCAACAGCCCCUUCAUCGUACACCUGCACGCCUCCUAUCGCGAUGCGCUUUUUGUGUACAUGCUCAUUGAAGCCGCCGAAGGCGGCUGCUUAGAAGAUGUGAUUUGUUCCCGAGCCAGGCAGAGAAACAUGAAGACAUGGUCUCAGGACGUGAUGUUCUACGUGGGAUGCAUCAUCGAAGGCUUGAGCCACUUGCACGAGCGGAAGAUCGCACACCGUCACCAUUGCUCCAGCCCUGUGGGGGCCAAAGACCACGCUGGUCAAAACCAUUCAGUGCCUCAUGGAGGAACCGCUGGUGAUUUGAAGCCGGGCAAUGUGCUCCUUGAUGACAGGGGCUACGCGAAGAUCUGCGACUUGGGUUUUGCACGAUUCGUCCUGAGCAAGACCUACACCUUCCUCGGCACGCCAGAAUACAUGGCACCGGAGAUCCUGGACUUCCCACAUGAGCACGAUGAGAAGGCCGUGGACUGGUGGGCCCUGGGCGUACUGACCUUUGAGCUCUUGUCCGGACAAACUCCCUGGAUGGGCGGCGACAACUUGGCGAAUGCGCCCUUUGCGGUGCGCCGUCACCAGCAGGCGAAGCCCCUGCCGCAGCGGGACCUUCCCAACGCUUCUGGGUUGUUUCAAGCCUUCGAUUGGGAUGCGUUGAGAAGUGGCACCAUGUUGCCGCCCCAGAGCAAAUACGAAAGGAGAAGUUCCAAGUCGAUGACGGAGAAGACCUUGCAUGACUUGGCCAAAAUGAAGGAACCAAUCGAACCAGUUCAGGAAGAGGUGAUCAUCGACAAACACGACGUGGAUGAGGUCUUCCGAGCCGUGCCAGAGGAGGACUUCUUCUGGACCAACGUGGUGAUGGUCAACGGCGAGAUCUCCAAGUCCGACGGCCAGCAGCGCAGCUACGACGCCCACGCCACCUCUAUGAGGUGCGAUGCCACUGGAAAAUCCCCUAUCAACGGACGUUUCAAGCUCGGAUUUUCGUCGAACAAAAAAAAAUGUGGAUUUCCCAUGUUUGAUUACCGGAGGGUAAAUGAUAUACAUACACACAUGACAUGA